AUAACAUGGCAUCAAAACAAGACAAAUCAGUGAUUGGGACCAUUUUUGAUGACUUUCUUACUUGCAAAAUAUGUUGCCAUAUUUACAACGAUCCCAAAAUACUUCCUUGUAUCCACACAUAUUGUUUACUUUGCAUACAGAAAUUGUUGCAAACCUCGACAACACCUGGUUCAAUUUUCUGUCCAGAAUGCAGACAGUCUGUCGCUGUUCCACAAGGGACUGCAAGUGAUCUAAAAACAAACGUUUUUAUGAAUGGACUCAUCGAGAUUCUGAAAGUGAAGUCAAGUGAAGAUAUCAAAUGUACAAUUUGUCAUCUCAGAGGAAAGACAUCACCUGCCAAAUCUCGCUGUCUGGAUUGUGGAGAUUACUUAUGUUCAAGCUGUUCUGAUGGACACAAUGCUUCUUCCGCGACUUGGAACCACAAAAAGGUUCUACUUGAAGACAUAAAAGGUGGAUCUUAUGACAUGGAACUUCGAUACCUUCACAGAUUAACCUGCUCAGAACACCAUGACAAGAUACUGGAGUAUUUCUGUGAGACGUGUCAAAUGCCAAUAUGUAUGGUUUGCAUUUUAGUUAAACAUCGUAACCACAAAUCUGUUACAACAAUUGAAGCAGUUACAGUUCGAAAAUCCCGACUUAACACUAAUUCAGAAACAAUUCGAGAAAAUUUGAAAGGUCUCAAAAUCGAAGAAAGAAAAGCUUUAGAAAAUAUUUCAAACAUUGAAAAAAUGGAGGCCUCUAUUAAAGAGGACAUAGACAAGCAAGUUGCUAGGGUAAUAGCCAAAACAGAACAACAAAAACAAAAGGCUCUGCAGAUUGUUGAUGGUAUCAUUGUUAAUAAAACACAUACGUACAAAUCACAGCUGGAUGGCAUACAGUUGAAACUGUCAAUAAGAAAUAAUUGCUUGGAAUUCUGUGAGAAAAUUACAGAGCAGGGCAAAGACGAGGAAAUUCUCCUCCUGGAAGAUAUAGUUGUAAGCCGCCUCAAAGAAUUAGAAGACACACCUGCGACCGAGUGCACCCUGGAUGACACAGUGUUACUAACUAUCAACAUUGAAGAGAUGUGUGGUAUGCACAAUUCUCAAACGUUAACUGAUGAUAGUCUUAGAGCCAACAAGGAGACAUUAAUGCAAACGGAAAAAACUAAAAAAAGAAUUUCUUUGAACCUUGAGCGAUCAUUUAAAGUACGAGAUCUAUUUCCAGUUACAGGAAUGACAGUUGUUGAUAAAAUGAUUUUACUUUCAGAUAAGGCCAAUAGUAAAAUUAUACAGAUUUCCACUACAGGGAAUAUUGGACAUACUAUUUAUACCAAUGAUGUGUGUCCAUGUGCGAUAGCUGGAUGCGUGAAUACUAUUGGUGUCAUCGAUAGCAACAAGCUUUAUAUCUUUAGCACAACAGGUACAGAGAUAAGUAAUAUUCUGUUGGCCCCAGAACGCCCAACUCAAUGUCAUACUGUUGCAAAUUUUAACAAUAAAGGUUAUAUUGUUGGUCGCCAAGAAAGAGACGACUUUCGGGUUUAUGACACCAGUGGACGUCGGCAGGAAACGAUCUCCGUGUCAGUAGCAUAUCCGCUGGCUAACAUCAGCGUUGAUCAGUUUGGAAACAUAACCACGUGCGAAUGGGGGGAUAACUCUGUACGAGUAUUGUCUCCUCAUGAUGGAGAUACUAUUGUUUGUACCGAAAUACCAUCAUUGAGAGCAAAUGCAGCCUGCGUGGACAGGAACGGUUUCAUAUACACUGUCGAGGCGGUUGGAAAUAGACUGUCAGUAUUUGAUCAGAAUGGGUAUUGCAUGCUACAUCGCAUCACGACACAAGAUGGGCUGGAUAAUCCAGUUAAUCUGGCGUUCGACGACGAAGGUUUGAUGUAUGUGGUGAGCCAACGAGGAUGCAUCACUGUCUACAGAGUGCAUAUUGAAUGAAUAAACAUGCAAAAUGAAAACAUGUAUCAUAAACAGAGAACCGUUUAGAAUGUCAUCAUUGACCAAAAUGACGUUGGAAAAAUUAAUUGUGUCGGUUGUUACGAUAGUGCUGUAAAAACUGUUAUAAACCUAAGUACUGUAUAUUGAUAUAUUUCUAACACUAAUACAUUGUUUUUCCUGCAAAGAUCAUUUCAGUGACCUGCACACUGUGAUCUUCUAUGCGUAGGGGAUGUUUCUCCGAAGAAAAUUCCAAAGGAAUGUUUGUUGAACGACACCCCAGCACAUUUUAAACUAUGGCUAUUUAAAGUUAAAGUUUGUUUUGUUUAACGACACCACUAGAGCACACUGAUUGAUUAAUCAUCGGCUAUUGUGUGUCAAACAUUUGGUAAUUUUGACGUAUAGUCUUAGAGAGGAAACCCGCUACAUGUUUCCAUUAGGUCAGGUUAUAGGCUUUAACGUACACAUUCACAGAAAGCUGUUGUAGUGCACGCCUGUUAUGGGCGUAUGUGUCGAAUUGCGCCGGCUCCUUCGUCCAGGACAGGAUUUUUUUUUAAAAUAACAGCAAGGGAUUUUUUAUAUGUACCAUUCCAUAGACAGGAUAGCGCAUACCACUGUCUUUUAUAUCAGUCGUGGAGGACUGGCUGGACUAAGGCCAUUUAGUUUUUACAUUAUUAUUUUGACAUUUAGUCCAGAGAAAAAGAGGAAACCCGCCGCCACGACAUAUAUUACUCCUAACAAAUAAACAGCAAGAGAUUUUGAUAUGCCCUUACUCAUAAACAGGACAGUACAUACCACAGCCUCCUUGUGGCACUGGUUGGGAUGGGAUAUUAAAACUCCUUGGAGUACGAUCUGGUCGAUACUACGACUCGUCGGCGCCUCAGACGAGCGUUCUACCACUGAUCUAUAGUUCGCUCCCGAAGUGUGGUGGCUUGUAGAAUUCAUCGUUCACAGUGAGCUUGUGUUUUCCCAUCCCAUCCAGUGCAUCACGGCAGCUAUAUCAAAGUAUGUAUCUUUGGAAACUAUCCAAAAGAUUCCUUGCGGCUUUUCGGUAGAUAUAGUGAUAGUGGUAACAGAGGGUUAAUUCUUUUUUUUGAAAUCUUAAAAAAUAUGUAAAAUAGUUAUCAUGCUGCUAUGUCAUGUCAUGUCAUAGGGUUUUACGUGCACAUUCAGAACAAGCUGUUGUAGCGCACGCCUGUCGUGGGCACAAGAGCCGGCCUUGGCCGGCUCCUCCGUCCAUGACAGGAAUGCUGCUAGAAAACAUAUGCUAUUUUAUAGUAGUGGUGCUGAUAUGUCCAAUCAGUGUGCGUGUGUGCGUGCGUGUGUGUGUGACUUUAGCUAUUGGUAUUAGUAGUAUUAAAUCACUGUUAAUUAUUUAAUCCAAUGUAUUUAUAAUUUGAGUUUUUGUUAAUUUUCAUCUACAUAUCCAAUAUUAAUUAUAUAUAUUAUAUAUCGACCGAUAUCAGCAUCACUGCAGUAUAAAAUAGCAGAUAUAUACUAGCAGUAUGAUAAAUAUUCAACAUUUCAAAAAAGAAUUAUGAAUAGAGGUUAUUAUCAAUGUGUUUUGGUGUCGUCAGUAUCAUAUAUUAGGAAUAAAAAUUGCAUUUUGCGAGCCUCUGGCGAGCAGAAUAGAUUAUUUGUAUGCCUAAUAUAUGUUAUUGACGAUACCGAAACACAAGAUGGUAAUAAUGUCUUUAUCAUAUAAUCUCAGACAGUUUUUAAAGUGUAUAUGUAACUGUAAUUCCAGUCAACCAUCAGUUGAUAUUCAAAUGGAGUAUGAAUGUGUGAUGCGGUGUCGUUUUGAAUGGGAACGACGUCGGAUAUCCUUAUAUUACAUUAAAAAAAAAAAUUAGUGCAUGAAGUGGCCUCUAUGUUUUGAAUGCAGGUUCUUUAUCCUAUAAAUAACUAAGGCUAUUUGCAUAACAAAAACAUCACUCUA